AUGAAGCCUGAAGCUGCUGAGAGUGAUCAGGGCUCUCUCAAACGCUCCCCACCUUCAACCAUGUCUUCUUCUUCCUCUUCUCUCAUCACCACCCUUGUUGAUCAUAAUAAUAAACCUUCACACCCUCCUGAGUUAAAACCUCCUCGCCGUCGUUUUGCUUCUCAUCAUCUUCCUGAGAUAAGCCUAAAAACUCCUAUGGUUAGGCCUUAUGUUCGAUCAAAAAUGCCUAGGCUUCGUUGGACACCAGAUCUCCAUCGUUGCUUCGUGCAUGCAGUUCAGAGACUUGGAGGAGAAGACAGGGCCACACCAAAGUUGGUCUUACAGCUCAUGAAUGUAAAGGGGCUUACCAUAUCUCAUGUCAAAAGCCACCUUCAGAUGUACAGGAGCAUGAGGCACGAGCAGAUGAGUGAAGAUGCAAAGAAGAAUGAUGUGGCUCCGGAUUUCCCAGCUUCCACGUUCUCAACUCUUGGCCCAGAGUACGGCCAACAGAAUCCUCACCAAAGAAGCUGCACGGAAGAGCUCGUUUCCACCCAUGCUCACUGGAAUGAUGAUGAGGAAGAGUAUUACAGUGGAAAGCGAGGGGGUAAAUCGAUUAUAGUUUGUAACGGCAAUGAACAGAAGAUGCACUCCUACAUCAUCUUCGAGGGUCUUAUCCCAGGCCAGACUGUCCAAGAGAAUAAAAAUGGUCCUGAAAAGGUGUCACUAGGGGGUGCCACUGGUUACGAAAGCGACCAUGAAAGAUUCCAAGACAGAAGUACUGGCAUAGGAAGAAGAGGAGGAGGAGGAGGAGAGAGAGUGGGUGAAGGCACAGUGUCGUUCUCAAUGAGCUCGAGGGCUAAUUCACAUUCAUUCUUCAAUCGCAGCCACACUGGUCCAGAUGCCAAUGAUGUCUCUCUUGAGCUCACGCUCUCUUAG